UCUGCCUGUCAUAGCUGUGCAGUCUGCACCAAGAAGACAGGAGGUUUGCUUUGACUGGAGGAUCAGAACUGAUGGUGACACUUAUUUCAGUGAAAGCAACAGUGUGAAUAACUUUAGCCUGCUGCCAGGAAUGGCCCUCUCAGUGGACUCCUCUUGGCCCCGAUGGCAGUGGCGGGUCAGAGAAGGGUCUCCCCAGGCUCCAUCAGAAGUUACACCACUGCUCUCUGCAAAGAAGGCGAGGCAGAGCUACAACUCCACCCAGCAACGGGUCGUGUUCCCCAACAACAGCACCUUCCACCAGGACUGGGAAAAGAUCUCCAGGAGCUACCCCAGCAAUAGAAUCUGCACUACCAAAUAUACCCUCUUCACCUUCCUGCCCCAGAAUCUCUUUGAGCAGUUUCACAGAUGGGCUAACCUCUAUUUCCUAUUCCUGGUGAUUCUGAACUGGAUACCAUCCAUGGAAGUCUUCCACAGGGAAAUCACCAUGUUACCACUGGCCAUUGUCCUGUUCAUCAUCAUGGUCAAAGACGGCAUAGAGGACUUAAAGAGACAUCGCUUUGAUAAAGCAAUAAACUGCUCCAACAUUCGAAUAUAUGAAAGGAAAGAGCAUAACUACGUGAGAAAGCCCUGGAAGGACGUGCGUGUGGGAGACUUCAUCCAGGUGCAAUGCAACGAGAUCAUCCCAGCAGACAUCCUGCUCCUCUUCUCCUCAGACCCCAGCGGGAUAUGCCACCUGGAAACCGCCAACUUGGAUGGAGAGACAAACCUCAAACAAAGGCGCGUUGUGAAGGGCUUCUCCCAGCAGGAAGUGCAGUUCCAACCAGAACGUUUCUGCAAUACCAUCGUGUGUGAGAAGCCCAACAACCACCUCAACAGGUUUAAGGGUUAUAUGGAGCAUCCUGACCAGACCAGGACUGGCUUCAACAGUGAGAAUCUUCUGCUUCGGGGCUGCACCAUCAGAAACACCGAGGUGGCUGUUGGCAUUGUCGUCUAUGCAGGCCAUGAGACAAAAGCCAUGCUGAAUAACAGCGGCCCCCGCUACAAACGCAGCAAGAUUGAGCGGCGCAUGAACACAGACAUCUUCUUCUGCAUCGGGAUCCUCUUCCUCAUGUGCCUCAUUGGAGCCAUAGGUCACAGCCUCUGGAAUGGGAGCUUUGAAGAGCACCCUCCCUUUGAUGUUCCAGAUACCAAUGGCAGCUUCCUUCCCCUUGCCCUUGAGGGUGUCUACAUGUUCCUCACAAUGAUCAUCCUGCUUCAGGUGCUCAUCCCGAUCUCUCUGUAUGUGUCCAUUGAGCUGGUGAAGCUUGGGCAAGUAUUCUUCCUGCACAAUGACCUUGACCUGUAUGAUGAAGAGACCGAUUCAUCCAUUCAAUGUCGAGCCCUCAACAUCACUGAGGACCUGGGUCAGAUCCAGUACAUCUUCUCAGACAAGACAGGGACGCUGACAGAGAACAAAAUGGUGUUUCGGCGUUGCACCAUCAUGGGCAGCGAGUAUUCUCACCAAGAAAAUGCCAAGCGACUGGAGACCCCAAAGGAGAUGGAUACAGACAGUGAAGAGUGGACCCAAUACCAAUGCCUGUCCUUCCCAGCCAGAUGGGCCCAGGGCCCAGCAACUAUGAGAGGCCAAAAAAGUGCCCAGCCUCUGAGGAGGUGCCAGAGUGCCCGUGUGCCCAUCCAGGGCCACUCCCGACAGAGAUCCAUGGGGCAUUAUGAAAACUCACAGCCCCCUGUGGCCUUCAGCAGUUCCAUAGAAAAAGAUGUGACUCCAGAUAAAAACCUCCUGACCAAGGUUCGAGAUGCCGCCCUGUGGCUGGAGUCUUUGUCAGAUGGCAGACCUGCCAAACCUUCCUUCUCUACCACCUCCUCCAUUGCUGACUUCUUCCUUGCCCUAACCAUCUGCAACUCUGUCAUGGUGUCCACAACCACUGAGCCCAGGCAGAGGGUCACCAUCCCACCCCCAACCAAGGCUUUGGGGAUGUCCUUAGAGAAGAUUCAGCAGCUCUUCCAAAGGUUGAAGCUUUCAAGCCUCAGCCAAUCAUUCUCGUCCACUGCACCCUCUGACACAGACCUUGGGGAGAGUCUGGGAGCCAAUGCACCCACCACAGACUCAGAUGAGAAAGACGAUUCGUCUGUGUGCAGUGGAGGCUACUCAACUGAUGGCGGCUACAGGAGCAGCGUGUGGGACCAAGGCGACAUCCUGGGCUCUGGGUUAGGCGCAUCCUUAGAGGAGGUGCUGGAAGCCCCGGCUCCCGGCUUGGCUGGGCCUGAGCUCUGUUAUGAGGCUGAGAGCCCUGAUGAGGCGGCCCUGGUGCAUGCUGCCCAUGCCUACAGCUUCACGCUGGUGUCCAGGACACCUGAGCAGGUGACCGUCCGCCUACCCCAGGGCACCUGCCUCACCUUUGACCUCCUCUGUACCCUGGGCUUUGAUUCUGUCAGGAAAAGAAUGUCUGUGGUUGUAAGGCACCCACUGACUGGGGAGAUCAUUGUCUACACAAAGGGCGCUGACUCGGUCAUCAUGGACCUGCUGGAAGACCCAGCCUGCGUGAUUGACAUUGAUUUGGAAAAGAAGCUAAAGAGAACCCAAGCCCGGACCCAAAAGCACCUGGACCUGUAUGCAAGAGAUGGCCUGCGCACACUAUGUAUUGCUAAGAAGGUCAUAAGCGAAGAAGACUUCCGGAGAUGGGCCAGUUUCCGGCAUGAAGCCGAGGCAUCCCUCGAAAACCGCGAUGAGCUUCUAAUGGAGACAGCACAGCAUCUGGAGAAUCAACUCACCUUACUUGGAGCAACGGGGAUCGAAGAUCGGCUGCAGGAAGGAGUUCCAGAUACAAUCGCAGCUCUGCGGGAGGCUGGGAUCCAGGUCUGGGUCUUGACUGGAGACAAGCAGGAGACAGCGGUCAAUAUUGCCUAUUCCUGCAGACUGCUAGAUGAAACAGACACUGUGUACACCAUCAACACAGAGAAUCAGGAAACCUGUGAAUCCAUCCUCAAUUGCACAUUAGAAGAGGUCAAGCAGUUUCACAAACCACAGAAGCCUGACCGCAAGCUCUUUGGGUUCCGCCUACAUUCCAAGACACCAUCCACCACCUCAGCAGCUGUGCUUCCAGAAGUUGGAUUGGUCAUCAAUGGGAAGACACUGAAUGCCAUUUUCCAGGGAAAGCUGGAGAAGAAGUUUCUGGAGUUGACUGGGUACUGUCGGUCUGUCCUGUGCUGCCGUUGCACCCCACUCCAGAAGAGCAUGAUCGUCAAGCUGGUGCGGGACAAGCUGAGCAUCAUGACGCUGUCCAUAGGUGAUGGAGCAAAUGACGUAAGCAUGAUUCAAGCUGCUGAUAUUGGCAUCGGCAUAUCUGGACAGGAAGGAAUGCAGGCCGUCAUGUCCAGCGACUUUGCCAUCUCCCGUUUUAGGCACCUCAAGAAGCUACUGCUUGUGCAUGGUCACUGGAGUUACUCGCGCUUGGCCAAGAUGGUAGUGUACUACUUCUAUAAGAACGUGUGCUACGUCAACCUGCUCUUCUGGUAUCAGUUCUUCUGCGGCUUCUCUGCCUCCACCAUGAUCGACUACUGGCAGAUGAUCUUCUUCAAUCUCUUCUUCACCUCCUUGCCUCCUCUCAUCUUCGGAAUCCUAGAUAAAGACAUCUCUGCAGAAACCCUGCUGGCAUUGCCUGAGCUGUACAAGAGCGGCCAGAACUCUGAGUGCUAUAACCUGUCGACUUUCUGGAUUUCCAUGCUGGAUGCGUUCUACCAGAGCCUCAUCUGUUUCUUUAUCCCUUAUCUGACCUACAAGGACUCUGAUAUCGACAUCUUUACCUUUGGGACCCCAAUUAACACCAUCUCCCUCACCACAAUCCUCUUGCACCAGGCAAUGGAAAUGAAGACAUGGACCAUAAUCCAUGGGCUCAUCCUCCUAGGCAGCUUCUUGAUGUACUUCGCAGUAUCCCUGCUGUACAACGCAACCUGUGUCACCUGCAACAGCCCCACCAAUCCCUACUGGGUGAUGGAAGUCCAGUUCUCAGACCUCACUUUCUACCUCGUCUGCCUCCUCACACCAGUUGUGGCUCUUCUCCCAAGAUACUUUUUCUUGUCUCUCCGAGGAACCUAUGGGAAGUCUCUUCUAUUAAAAGCUCAGAAAAUUGACCAACUCCCCAGGGAUAAAAGAGACCUAGAAAUCCAGAAUUGGAGGAGCAGACAGAGGCCUGUGCCAGGACCCAGCAUGUCUCAGCCUUCCCAGCAUCCAGUGCCACCUGGUCCAGAACAGGCCCUCAGGGCCAGCACCCCAAAGAGCUCCUGCCCUCCCAAGCGGAAGCACAUUGAGGACUGGGUGCUCCGUGGACAGAGAGGCAGCAGAGAGCACAUGACAGACGACCCAUGCUCAGUGGAUUCCUCUGCUAAACUUUCAUCUGGGGAACACCUUCUGGGGCCUAACAGGACAAAGGCACCUGGAGCCUACUCAGGUGGACAGACCAACAUGUCCCGUCGCUCAAAGAGGGGCAGCCAUUGCCGAUCCCAGAGUUCUCUCACCAUAUGAGGGGGCUGCAGAAAUCUGUACAAACUCAGAAGAGGCUGCCCAAUCAUAGGCCCUUCCUCUUCACAGAGGAAAGAAUGUGCCAGCUUUAAUCUUUUCUUUCCACCAGGCUUGAUUUUCUAGGAGGAAGUGGUGGGCUCUAGGACUUUGACACAAAAAGAUUGAAAAACCUGUCAGCCUCUAGUUUUCUGCUGCUUCCAGGCAGUGUAUCUUACAAACAACAGUUUGGAUAAAAGGGCUGUGUUUCUUUUGCAUGGAAUUCUCAAUUUUUUUAGCCCAGAGUAUUCACCUGACCCUCCAGCUUAUGACCCAAUGAAACUGGACCAUAAGUUUCCACGAUCCUAAGAAGUGUAUCAAUCUAGGCAAUAUCUCAGGAUAUGGAAGUUUCCAGGCUUGUCAAACUAUCACUUCACCCAUUGGUGCCAAGGGUUAAAGUUUCGGAGAGACCCAUAUAUAUAAGGCUUCAUCUCAACUGUAUUGCUGUGAUGGCCUGGCCAGUGUUAACAUCCCUUCCACUCAGACAGAGAAUGGGUCUGCUUUUUGUCUUUAAACCAAAAAUAAACAAAACCCACAUCUAAAGAUGAGAAGUGGAUUUGAACUCAGUGUCAGAGACACUUCUGGUUGUUGAAGAGUCACAGCUAGUGUAAGAGGCAAGAAGAAUGGACAUGCUAAAGAGAGCAGGUGCACCAGAUACCCUGUUUGAGUUAAUAGACCAUAUGUCCCAUCUGGGAAAUCUAGGACAUAGGCAGCACUCUUUUUAAAAGCUAUUUAUUAUAUUUAUUUUUAAAUAAAAUUACCCAUCCCUAUUCAGUUUUUAGAACAAAAACACAAACAAACAAAUAAACCUCUAAGAUCAGGAGAUCUUAGCAUAUCUGUACCAGAGUAGGCCCAUAGGAUAGUGCAAGUCUGAGCUCAAACAAUGAGAUCUUCAAAAGUAGGGCUAACUUCAAACCCCAUUCAUUCAGCUUAUCCCAGAAUACCACCUCCUGGAAGACACUUUCAGUUAAAGUAAGGAGAGUCAGAGUCUUAUUUCACAGGAAAAGAGGAAUUACCUAGAAUUCUUAUCCCUAGAGGUCAUAAAUGCCAAAAAUGUACAAGAGAUCAAAACAGUCUUUAAAUAAAAGAAUGGACGAUAGAAUUCUAAUAGGUUGUCCAGAGCAAACAGGUCUUCUGUGAGCAGAGAGAGCCUAUCUUUUAAUAUAAGUCAGGAGCCCUCCCUCCCUAAGGCAGUGCCUAUGAGGUAAAAGGUAAAGGGAUGGAUGCAAAUGUGGGAAGUCUUUGAGUCUAAGAGUCAUAGCCACCAGCCAUGAGUUGGCCUAUCACUUGAUUGACUCCUUGGAAAGGUGCCAAAAACCAGUCAACAAUCCAGUUGACAAAUGACAGACUGGGCUGGCCUCUGCACCUCUUCCUGGCAAACCAGGGUUGCAGGGGCUAUUUGGAGCAUCAUCCUGGAAACAGCACAUUUGCUCGCUCUCUCUCACCACCUCUGCCACGUAAUUAUGCCAGCACUAGCUGGCUGGUGGGUAUUCAGGGGAAUCCUACAUGAAGACCACCAAGGCAGGGAACCGCACCAGGCAAAGCAGUGAUGUAGGAGUUGUUCCAAGUGAGGGGAUUGAGUCAAAACUUGGAUCUUAGGGCCUCUUUCCUCCAUAUGAUUCCUUCCUACUACUAAAAAGCCUGUAAGAUCCAGGUAGGAUGUUUCAGGAAAGAACAGAACAGUGGCCUCAGGAGAUCUGAGUAUGAGUCUUUGCUAUGCCUCUGUUCUCUGUAGGAUCUCAGAGCCUUGAAGCAGGACCCCACACCUGCAAAUGAGUUUAGAUCUGCCCUGCCUUCCAGGCUGAGCAUAGGGAUGGAGUCAAAAUUACAUGAAACCCGGUGGUAAAAACCCUUUGAAAUCUGUAACACCUUCAGUAAUAACACAAGGGAAUAUGAUUUCAGAGUAAGAAAAAAAGAGGUGAUGGGAAAGUUGAAGAAACAUCUGAACCCUUUCUCAAUUCCAAAGUACCCAAAAUUCUGAUGCUGCUCUUUUUCUUAUAUGACCAGCUGUCCCAGUUUCCCAGAAACAUACUCAUUUUUACAAAGUUCCAUAUCCUGGGGAACUGGGCCAACUGGUCACCAAUUUUUGCCUCUCUUUGUAAAUCAAACCAACUGUGACAUUCCAGUGUGCCAUCUUAGGGGGGGAAAUUAUAACUAUUUCCCUAUAAUGUAACACUAAUGAUUGUACUUAAAACAGUUUUAUACUUUCAUGAUAUUUUACUGAUUGACUGGAAAUAGUCAUCUUUUA